UCGGAGGUAAAGCCCGAGCUGGGUCCGGGGCCGCCGCACCGGGGCGGGGAACCCAUCCCGCGCCCCCGGAGCGGGAGCGGAGCGGGAUGAGGGCGCGCGAUGGAGACGGGGAUGCGGGAUGGGGGACGUCGCGCUAGGGACGUGCGUCCCGGGAGCUCCGCCCGCGCCCGGUGCAGGCGGGGCUGCCCGCCCGCUUCCCGGCGGCCGCUGGGUGUUCGCACGCCGCUCCCCACAACACACACGCGGACACACGGACAUGCACACCCCGCACCCGCCUCCCCGCAGCGCCACCGCACCUGCAGGCUCGGGGUCCUCCGGGAUGUGUCUCCCCGUGCGGGAGAGGCGGCGUGUCCCGCGGGACAGGCCAGUGCCGCGCCGCCCGCGCUGCGGCGGGGCGGGAAUCCAGCGCGGGGUUUGCGGGGAGCUGGAGGGAGCGGUGGCGUCGACCUGCGGGCGGGGAGGAAUUUUGGCUUCUUGGAGAAACAGUAGAAAAUGCAAAACGAAAUAAUAAAGCCUGCUAAAUACUUCUCGGAAGUGGAGAAGAGUGUGCUGCUUGCGUUAGUUGAAAAAUACAAAUAUGUGCUUGAAUGUAAAAAAAGUGAUGCGAGAACUAUUGCUCUGAAACAACGUACCUGGCAAGCGCUAGCUCAUGAAUAUAAUUCACAGCCCAGCGUAUCACUGCGAGACUUCAAACAGUUAAAGAAAUGCUGGGAAAAUAUCAAGGCACGGACAAAAAAGAUAAUGGCACAUGAAAGGCGGGAGAAGGUAAAAAGAAGUAUUAGUCCACUUAUAAAUACUCACAUCGUAGGGAAAGAGAAGAUUGCCAGCAUAAUGCCUGAGCAAAUGUACUUUUUGCAGAGCCCACCAGAAGAAGAUUCUGAAUAUCAACCUGAUGCUUCUAGUCAAGAAUCAUUUGUUGUCUCAAACAGAGAACUUUGUGAUGAAGACAAAGAGCUGGUACAUUUUCCAGUAUGUGAAGGUACCUCCCAACCUGAGCCUUCGUGCUCUGAUGUCAGAAUAGCAGCAGAUAAGAACUACAGAAGUAAAGCAUCUCAGGAAAGUGCUCUGAAAAAAAUGCAUGAGGAAGAACAUCAUCAGCAAAUGUCAAUUUUGCAACUGCAGUUAAUCCAAAUGAAUGAAGUUCAUGUGGCAAAAAUACAGCAAAUAGAAAGAGAGUGUGAGAUGGCCGAAGAAGAACACAGGAUAAAAAUGGAAGUGCUAAAUAAAAAGAAAAUGUAUUGGGAGAGAAAACUGCAGACCAUCACAAAAGAAUGGCCUGUAUCGUCCUAUAACAGACCCUUUCCUAAUUCACCUUAGAACAUAAAGGGGCAGAGUCAGUCUGAUUCACACGUUUAUGAGUAACGCGCACUGGAAAGAAGGUUUUUUAAUGUGAAUGUACAGUGACAGGGUAGGUGCCUGGCUGAUAGUGAACACACUAUGACUCUUAAUAUUUAGGGAAACAGUGGUAUAGUCUACCGAGGGGAAAACCGUAUUGUUCAUUUGUAGGUAGUUCUGAUUUGUUUAACUCAGACAUGCACAGUGUUUAAAAUGUGAACAUAUUUUCCCCUCUCAGAACGCCCUUGCAUCCUUGUGAAAUUUAAGGUACUCCAGGUGUUCUUACAUUGGGUGUUCUUAAGAUAACAGCUUUAAACAUCAGGCUGUAGUGUUUAUUUUGAUUUCUAUCUCUUCCUAUCUACCAUUUUCCAAGUUAAUGCAAGGAUUGGAGUUGCUCUCUGCUAUUGAGGCAGAAGCUGAUUGACAGAUAUCAGUUGGAUCAUUAUACUGGGGCUUAGGAAAAAGUAAACUUGUCUCUAGUUAAUAUAGUCCAUAACUUAUUCUUCAUAGAAGAUGUGAAAAUUAAGGAAGUAGCAAAAGGACCACUGUAGUAACUGAGCCCUUUCCUUCUGAAGAACAGUAGUAUUUUCCAGCUGGCUGGCUGAUUGAGAGAAUGGUUGUGGACUGACCCUCUGGUUUUUUGAGCCUUGACCCUUACGAAGUUAAAAAGAAGGUGACUUCUUCCUCAAAAGCCAUUGUGCUUGUUCCUUCUUUCCCAGGCCCAUCUUGUAUUGAAGUAGAAUACCAAAAUAAGAGGGUCAAAUGCUGCUGCCAGCACUGUGUGCUGUUCACCUGGAGUCAUUCUGAGGGGAAGAGCUUUUUAACAAUUCAUAAAGCUCUUAAAAUGCAGUGAGCUAGCCAGCCCAUUGGCAAAGUCUCCCUCUAUCUUCCUAUGCAAUACUUGAUGGUGUAGCAGCUAGCUUGAGUAUCUCAAUCUCUCCUUAGCAAGAAGAAAAGACUUAAAAUUCACCCUCUUUUUCUUCACAUAGGGUGAGAAGUAGUUCAAGGGAAUCAUUCCUGUCCUGAAGCACUGUUCUGUUUUGUUCUGUCCUGUGCAUUAUGGUGGUGUGUUUCUUGCGUUUGCUGUCAGUGUGGGGUGAUGGACAUGAUUUGUGUGAAGCAUUCACAUGAAGGUACCCACAGAGUUUGGGUGUCCAGAACAGUAGAUAGUAGGAAAGCACAAAUAAAGAUAAUCCUUACCCAGGCAAUCAUUUAUUCUAGUGGGGCAAGGGUUAAGAGAAUGUGAAAUGCAGAACCCCGCAAAGCUUCAUAAGAGCUUCUGAUGUGUGAAAACCUAUUUUACAGGAAGGUGUAAACCAUCAUUUGAAGCAGUGAGAAAAAUUAACAAAACCAUGAAUUUUCAUUGAAAAAUCCAAGUAUCACAUUAUUUAAUAAAGUAUUUUCAGAUCAUGGUUCAUAAGGGCAAGUCCAUACUGUGAGCAAUGUAUUCAAAUUAAAGUAUGUUACAAAGCAUACAUUCCCAGUUA